AUGGAGGCGAUCGUUAAAGCAAUCAAGGAUUUCCCAAUGAUUAACGUUUCUGUAUCUGGAAACCAGAUCAUCAAGCGUAAGGACAUCAACAUCGGUAUGGCUACCGCGUUGCCUUCAGGAAACCUUAUUGUUCCAGUAAUCAAACAAGCAGAUCGCCUAAACCUUACAGGAUUGGCUAAAUCUGUAAACGAACUUGCCAAUAACGCCCGAAAUAAUAAUUUGAAACCGGAAGAUAUUCAAGGAGGUACAUAUACUGUUACCAAUGUGGGUACUUUUGGUAAUGUCAUGGGAACUCCAAUUAUCAACCAGCCUCAGGUAGCGAUCCUGGCGCUUGGUGCGAUUCGUAAAGUUCCUGCUGUCAUUGAAACACCACAUGGUGAUUUCAUUGGAAUUCGACACAAGAUGUUCCUUUCACACUCAUACGACCACCGCGUAGUGGAUGGAGCUCUUGGAGGUCAAUUUGUUCGACGAGUAGCUGAUUACCUCGAGCAAUUUGACGGUUCCAGAGAGAUCUAA